AUGGCAACUUCGAAAGUUCUAAGCAUUUCUCUCUUUGUGUUGUUGGGUUUAAGCAUGUGUUCUGCUACUAGAAAACUCUAUGGUGAUGAAAAUGGCUUUCAACCCCAAGGUGAUCACCUUCCAGUUCCACAAAUCACUGGAUCUGGAGGACUGCCUGGUGUAACAGGUGAAGGAGGUUUGGGUGAUGGAAGACUGCCUGGUGAAUAUAUCAAACCUGAUGGAGACGGCUUUUAUCCCGAGGGCGACUCCCUUCCAAGUCCUAAUGAAGAAGGAUCUGGAGGACUUCCUGGUGGUAUAGGAUCUGGAGCACUGCCCGGAGGACUUCGUGGUGUACCAGGUGAAGGAGAUUUGGGUGAUGAAAAAGUACUUGGAGGACUGCCUGGUGGUGUGAAUUCUGGUGGAGACGGCUAUCAACCCGGUGGUGCAGAAGUUCCUGGUGGAGGAGGAGAUGGAGGACUGUCUGGUACUGAAGAUGGAGUCCUGCCUGAUGAAAGAGGCUAUGUAUAA